CCGGCUCCACCUCGCCAGCCGCACAGCGCGCUGGCCAGACCACCAGGCUCCGGCAGAUGUGAGCAGCGCUGGUGAACCACGCAGCAGCGCGCCCGGCAGCCCGCAGCAGCCCGGAGCCCCGAGAUGGAGAUGGCAGAGGCGGAAUUGCACAAGGAAAGGCUGCAAGCCAUAGCUGAAAAAAGAAAGAGGCAGACUGAAAUAGAAAGCAAGCGGCAAGAGCUUGACGAGCAGAUACUUCUGCUGCAGCAUUGCAAGUCCAAAGUGCUCCGGGAAAAAUGGCUGCUGCAGGGUAUACCUGCUGGAACUGCCGAAGAGGAGGAAGCCAGGAGGCGGCAGUCUGAAGAGGAUGAAUUCAGAGUCAAACAACUUGAAGAUAGCAUUCAGAGGCUGGAGCAGGAAAUCCAAGCACUAGAAAGUGAAGAGUCCCAGAUUUCGGCCAAAGAGCAGAUCAUCCUAGAGAAACUGAAGGAGACGGAGAAAUCCUUCAAGGACUUUCAGAAGAGCUUCUCCAAUACGGAUGGAGAUGCAGUAAAUUGCAUUUCCUCCCAGCUCCCCGACCUGCCAAUCCUCUAUUCACGAACAGCAGAGCCGGCACCUGGGCAGGACGGGACCAGCAGAGCAGCUGCUGUGUACGCCAUGGAAAUUAAUGUGGAGAAAGACAAACAAACAGGAGAGACCAAGAUUCUCUCUGCAUCCACCAUUGGCCCAGAGGGGGUCCAUCAGAGAGGAGUCAGAGUCUAUGACGAUGGUACCAAAGUAGUGUAUGAGGUGCGCUCAGGAGGCACCGUAGUAGAGAACGGAGUGCACAGAUUAAGCUCCAAGGACGUAGAAGAGCUUAUUCAGAAGGCCGGACAAUCAAGCUUAAGAGGAGGGCACGGGUCAGAAAGGACUGUGGUUGCAGAUGGGAGCCUCAGCCCCCCUAAGGAACACGUGCUGUGCAAAGAGGCCAAGUUAGAAAUGGUCCAUAAGUCUAGGAAAGACCACUCUUCCGGGAACCCAGGGCAGCAGGCCCAAGCCCCCAGCACGGAAGGGCCCGAGGCCAACCUGGACCAGCCCGUCACCAUGAUUUUCAUGGGCUACCAAAAUAUCGAGGACGAAGAGGAGACGAAAAAGGUGCUAGGCUAUGAUGAGACCAUCAAGGCUGAAUUGGUCCUGAUUGACGAAGACGAUGAGAAGUCACUGAGGGAGAAGACAGUGACGGAUGUGUCCACGAUUGACGGGAAUGCAGCAGAGCUUGUGUCUGGGAGGCCUGUCUCAGACACCACAGAGCCCUCGUCCCCAGAAGGGAAGGAAGAGAGCCUGGCCACAGAGCCAGCCCCAGGAGUCGGGUGGGAGAGCGUGCUACUGAGGGGAGACGAGGCAGCCUCGGGCGCCACAGGAACAUCCAGCGCAGACAUGACUAUCACGAAGCCUCCCCAGCUUUCCGAGGAUGAUAUCCGGCUAAAAACCGAGAGAGACAUCUGUGGUGCCAACCCCCUGGACCCUGCCAUCGGCUCCCUUCCCUCAGACCACAAAAACAUGGAAAUUGAGGUCUCUGUUGCAGAAUGUAAAAGUGUCCCUGGAAUCACCUCUGCUGCGCAUCCCAUGGACCACCCCUCCCCUUUCUACUCGCCCCCCCACAACGGCCUCCUCGCUGAUCACCAUGAGUCUCUGGAUAAUGACGUGGCCAGUGAGAUCCGGUAUCUAGAUGAGGUGCUGGAGGCCAACUGCUGUGAUUCCGCCGUGGACGGAACCUACAACGGCACAUCCUCCCCGGAGCCUGGCGCAGCCAUCCUGACGGGCAGCCCGAGCCCGCCUGCCCACAUGGCCGUCCAGCCGGAACCCACCGAGAGAGCCGCUGGCAGGCAGGUGCCUCCUCACAUCGAGCUCAGUAAGAGCAACUCUGACGCCAUGGCAGAGGGUGAAAGAGCAAACGGCCACUCCCCUGACCAACCCAGAGAUCUGCUGGGGGACAGCCUGCAGGCACCCGUGAGCCCCACCUCCUCUACAAGCUCCUGGUGCUCCUCCCGAGACGGGGAAUUCACCUUCACCACGCUGAAGAAGGAAGCCAAGUUUGAGCUGCGUGCCUUCCAUGAGGAUAAGAAGCCCUCCAAGCUCUUUGAGGAUGACGAGAACGAGAAAGAACAGUACUGUGUCCAAAAAGUGAGGCCCACCGAAGAGAUGCUGGAGCUGGAAAAGGAAAGGCGAGAACUCAUCCGGAGUCAGGCUGUGAAAAAGAAUCCCGGCAUUGCGGCCAAGUGGUGGAACCCUCCGCAGGAAAAAACCAUCGAGGAACAGCUGGACAAGGAGCACCUGGAGUCGCACAAGAAGUACAAGGAGCGCAAGGAGCGGAGAGCGCAGCAGGAGCAGUUGCUGAUGCAGCAGCGGCCCCCGGCGCCGGCGCCGCAGCCCUGCGCAGCCCCUGCCUCCUCUCGAGAACCUCCCGGCGCGGCUGAGGGUGUGAAGGACGUGGUCACAGAGCAGAUAGAUUUCUCUGCAGCUCGCAAACAGUUCCAGCUCAUGGAGAACUCCAGGCAAACAGCAGCCAAGGGCCAGAGUACGCCCAGGCUUUUCUCCAUCAAGCCCUUCUACAGGCCUCUGGGUUCAAUCAACUCAGACAAGCCCCUGGCCGUCUCAAGACCAGCCUCCAUCGCAGGUCCUCCAGAAGACAGUGGCGCAUCGGCAGCCAAGGGGCAGAAAGGCCACUGUGCUCUGGACAGCCAGUCUCCGGGAGGGGGCCAGGGCAGCACAGGCCCUCAGGGGAGAGAAGGGCCCUACAGCGAGCCCUCCAAACGCGGGCCCUUAUCCAAACUGUGGGCAGAGGACGGAGAGUUCACAAGUGCCCGGGCCAUCCUCACCGUGGUCAAGGAUGAAGACCCUGGGAUUCUGGAUCAGUUUUCAAGGUCUGUCAAUGUCUCUCUGACUCAAGAGGAGCUAGACUCUGGUUUGGAUGAAUUGUCCGUGAGGUCCCAGGACACCACCGUCCUGGAGACGCUGUCCAAUGAUUUCAGCAUGGACAACAUCAGUGACAGCGGCGCCUCCAACGAGACCACCAACGCCCUCCAGGAAAAUUCCCUGGCCGAUUUUUCUCUGCCCCAGACCCCCCAAACUGACAAUCCUUCAGAAGGCCGAGGAGAAGGUGUCUCCAAAUCAUUUAGCGAUCACGGUUUCUAUUCCCCUUCGUCCACGCUGGGAGACUCCCCAUCGGUCGAUGACCCCUUGGAAUAUCAGGCUGGUCUCCUGGUGCAAAAUGCCAUUCAACAAGCCAUAGCCGAGCAAGUGGAUAGAGCUGUGUCUGAAACCAGCAAGGGGGGAGCGGAACAGCGGGCACCCGGGGCAGCUCCAGAGGGAGCUGCAACCGGGGCUCCGAGCCCAGAGAAGCCUCAGAGCAUGUUCGAGCCACCUCAGGUGUCCUCUCCCGUUCAAGAGAAAAGGGAUGUAUUACCAAAGAUCCUGCCUGCUGAAGACAGGGUGCUCAGGGAACGGGGACCCUCCCCUCCAUUGCCAGCAGCGCAACCCAGUGGCCCAAUAAACAUGGAGGAGACCAGACCCGAAGGGAGCUAUUUCAGCAAGUACUCGGAGGCGGCCGAGCUGAGAAGCACAGCCUCGCUCCUGGCCACGCAAGAGUCUGACGUGAUGGUUGGGCCCUUCAGGCUGAGGUCCAGGAAGCAGCGGACUUUGUCCAUGAUCGAAGAAGAGAUCCGAGCUGCCCAGGAAAGGGAAGAGGAGCUGAAGAGGCAGAGACAAGUCCUGCAGAGUACCCAGAGCUCCAGGGCGAAGAACGCCUUGUCGCUGCCCUCCCGAACAUCAUACUACAAAACUGCUCCAGGGAAAAUAGAGAAAGUCAGACCUCCUCCAUCCCCCACACCUGAAGGCCCCAGCUCGCAGCCUGACUUAGCCCCCGAAGAGGCUGCCGGAUCCCAGCGGCCCAAGAAUCUGAUGCAGACCCUCAUGGAAGACUAUGAGACACACAAAUCUAAAAGGCGCGAGAGAAUGGAUGAUAGUAGUUACACCUCUAAGUUACUGUCUUGCAAGGUGACUUCCGAGGUCCUUGAGGCCACACGGGUGAGUCGAAGGAAGAGCGCACUGGCCUUGCGCUGGGAGGCAGGGAUCUACGCCAACCAGGAGGAAGAGGACCAUGAAUAAUAAACUUCCUUCCACCCGGGAAGCAUUAUUGGUGCUUGGGUCGCCAAGAAACCAAGCAAUCCACACACACCACAGCAUUUUAAUGGGAUAUUUAUUGAAGUGCAAACAAACUCAACAAUCCUCCUGUAGACAGAAGCUGCAGUGUACAAUGAUGAAAACUCAAGUUGAAAAGAAGUCCACCCCUCACACUCGAACACCCAGGAGUCCACAGAGGAAGGAUUUUCUUGGUGACUCAAAGCAUCACCUGGAUUUGGACCAACCCACAACUGAUCCAACAGGACGAAGCAGUUACAAGCAAAUCAGCGUGGUUGCUGCAGGCAGAACUGAGCCCAGCCUCGCUGAGUGGGGAGGCAACAGCGGUGAUGGGGCCACUGAGGAAGCAGCAGGGCCCACGCUUGUGCCGUCUACGCAGCACAGGACCCGCGCUCGGCACUGGUCUCCCGCCCGUCACUCAGCGUCAGGGGUGCUGGGUGAACUCCAUGUACUCCAGCAGCCAUACAACGGAUAACAUUUCUCUCUCCGCUCGCCAAGAAGAGGCAACUAUGAUUCCAUUUCUCUUACCUUUAACUGUUUUAAAUCGGGAACACCUAACGAUCGCAAUAUAUAAAAUCCAUAUUUUUAAGACCGUGUUUCUUCCUGUUGCACACACAAUCUGUUCUACGUUAGGAGGUUGAGAAAGGGGGAGAAAGCCAAACCAAAUGGACUGUUUUAGCUUUAGCACCUUGUCUGCUUGUAGUAUUGACUGAUCUGCAGGUUAUGAGAAUUACAUUUUCACAAUUAUGUUUCUUCACACGAAAGCUAUAUUUAGUGGACAACUAUUUUUGUGAUGGGACGGGGGAAUAUGAUGUCCAUGUAGAGAGCGUGUGCACAUGGAACAGCCUGGUUCAAGAGGGCAGGGGUAUUUUUAGAGUGGCAAUAAUUGUAAAAAGGGUGCACUCUGCCCCAGAGGAGCAGAUGGCAAGAAAUAAAAAGGGGGUUUAUAUUUUAUAUGACAAAGUGGACCUUAGGGGUGGUAGGAAGAAUGAGAUUAUUUUGGAUCAAUCAGAAACGACACAUUCAAGAGAGGUGACGAAGGUAGAGAGAGGAGGGAGGGAGGGAGAGAGAGAGAGAGGGAGGGGAAGUAAGGAAGUGGGGGGGGUAUUUUUGUGGAGCAACCCGCGUUUUUCAGGAUGAUACAGAGAAAUACAGGAUAGGAAUUGAAGCACAGGCUUAGAAUCAGCUACUAAUCCUAAAGAUGGUUGUGUGUGUGUGUGUGUGUGUGUGUGUGUAGGCUCAUGCACACACAUGCACCUACCUUUGUGUGUUUGUAUCAGAUGUGUAUGCCUGUGAGCAAGCGUGCGUGGGUCAGGAUUGAAAUUCCAGGAUGAUCAUGGGACAAGAGUGGACAGUUAUUUCCUCCAAAGCUCUUAGCCGGCGUCAGGAGUGAGUGGGAAUUUCUUUUUUUAUGAAAAGGGAUAUGGAGGCACCGCGCUGAUGCAGUGUCUGUAGUAUUCAGUUGACCUAACAUGGCAUUUGCAUGAGUCACAAUUGCAGAGUGGUGAGCAGUUUUGUCACUUGACGCUUGGGAAAGUAUCAUAUUUAUUCUCAUGCUUUGUAGUCAUGCUUAGUACACCACAGAGGACGCCAGCUUCACUCUCUCCGGCAUUUACAGCAAUAGGAUGAGGGCGUUCGGCGAUCGGGUGCCCUCCAUUUCUGGAUGAGAAAGUGCUCCGCUCUGGCUAUGAGAGAGAAAAAAAAAAAACAACCUACCAGCAUUCUUUUUAUUUUCCCUUUUUGUUUUAAAACUGUGGUUUUUAAAAAUAAGCAAUAAUUAAGUCAGACCUCACGACCAUGAAUUUUUGUCUUUAUAUUGUUAUAGCAUAAGCUCUCCUAUGUUAUUCUGACAAGUAGCAACCCCACAAAAUUUGUAUGUAGAUGUUACCCACGUUAUCUUUGUUUCUUUUUUAGACUAGUGUUGACUUAGGGAAAAGUUGAUUCACAGACAAGCAGUGGGCACAAAGUCAAAACGGAACUGUCUGAUACCUUACAAGGAUCCUUUAAAACUGCCAAGGGAACCUGCAAUUUGAAGCCAAAUUCUACCGGUGGGCAGUUGGUGCCAUCUUUAUAUGGUUCGCACCCCUGAAUAUUCGGGAUGAAUAUUCCACAACGUGUACCAGCCAUUGGGAACACCAAAGAAAUACUAUCCCUGCUGCAAGGAAUUCAUUUUCCAGUGGGGGAGGCUGGCAUGGAGACAGACAUUCUCAGGAAAAUGAGAUCUGGGUUUGAUUAGAAGUCCUGGCAGGUGAAACGGGACAAUCAGGAAGAAUGUUUUGCCUGGGGAUUUCCAUGGUCCCCAAGGCAGGCACAUGGGUGAGAACAGAUGGGCGGCAGCUAGGAUGGCCGCAGGAGGGCAGAGUGCUUCUGGGGGCUGCACAGGACACACGCUGCCCACCUCCUGGAUUGACUCUGGGUCUGGUUAAGACCGUAGGCAUGGCCUGAAUGAACACCCUCAUCUUUCAUGAGAGGAAUCCGCCCUCAGGACUUACCUAAAGUUUUUUGCUCUGUUUGCAGCCAAAAGGGGUGCUUAGGAGGCCACACAACCAUGAGAUCACUUCAGAGGCAGAAAAAUGGGUCUUUGACUCCAGCUGGUUGAACCAGAGGCACUUGCUGCGUUGGGUCCUUUGGUCCACACGCCACGUGUAGAUAAGGCAACAAAUGCAGAGUUUCCAAGACCGCCCUGCAGCCCCAUAGCUGUUUAACUGUGGCCCCUUCCUCUCUGGCAUUUGCUUGCCCUCUUAUACUGCCUUCCGCGUAACUGUUGUCUAUUUCCUCCCUCCACUCACUUACAAUCCUGUUAACGUGUAAAUUGCAGUUCCCUUGGAAGAGCCAGAUUUUCUCUGCGCUCCUGAGUUUUUUAUUCAAGAAACAUUGGGCCCCUGCUUUUGUACAUAGCACUGUGCUAGGCUCUGGGAUCCCAAACGAACCCCUAUUUAACUUUCUGAAGAUGUCACAGAUCCUUGGAGGAAACUCGGCCUCCUAGGGGCAUCCCUGUCCCCAGUUAGUACACAAGCUUGUUACUCUCAGCUAGGACAUGCGUUUAGAUUCUGUAGAUGUUAAAGGCUUUCCUGAAAGUAUUCCAUUCCGCAGUAUUUAAUAGAUGUUCCCUUUCCUCCGCAGCUGAUUAACUACUGACAUGCCUUGGCUCUCUCAUCCAGGAGUUAUGGAAACAGGGUCUGUCAGUGGCGGGAGGCCAGGCUGUGUCCCACUCGGACGACACAACGCAGCUUCCUCGCCUCUUCGCACCCGUGCAUGCUGCCCGCCCUAGACAAUGACCUAGAAGCAGUAUAUCGACCAGUGUCCACAUAUAUGCACAGCACGCACACAUGUAUGUAAAGCGGAACGAGGAACACUACAUCAGUGUUGACUCUUGUCUCUGGAGACAAAUAAUUAAGCAGUUUUGUUUUUCAACUAAAAAUGAAUGUAAUUAAACUAUAUUGAAAAAAAAAUAGCCUAAGUGUUUAGAGAUGGUGAAUAUAUCCAAUUUUAGCGACAACCAAUUUCCUGAAUUUUAAGCAUUCAGUGAGUGAGCUGCCAAUUUUGAUUUUUGUGUUGCUGUUUACCCAGAUGAUCUUUUUGUUUCUGUUUUUGGAGGAGGAGGGGGCAAAAGCAGCAAUACUGUGUUCGAAUAUUAUACUCUGUAUCUGGCUCUCCUGUGUAUGUUAACCACUUCAAUGUCAUUAUUCUGCUUUGGUUUUAUAGUGAUUGUGAGGCAUUCAAUGCAAGUAUACAAUUAUUUUCUCAUUAAAA